AGUUGGCAGUCAUCGGUAGCGGUUCAAAUAAAAAACGGUUUUGCAGCAGUUAAGUAUUUUUGGUUUAAACGUAUGCGAACUUGACGGGUUCCGGUGGGAAGAGCAAGAGAGAGAGAGAUAUACAUGAAGGUGCUUGUGAAUGUAUUCAAUUUUUUUGUGAAAAUUUUCGAAAUCACAUUCGGCAAGUGAAAAGUGUGUAACGAAAAAAUAAUGUUCCACGAAAAAUAAUAUCCUGUCAGUUCAGUGAAAUGUUUUCAAUAAAAACUAAAUUAAAUUUUAAUAAAAAAUAAAAAAAAUAUAGUGAAAAAGUUAAAAUAAAAAUAAAAAAAAAAUAAAUAAUAUAAUAUGGGUCUGUUAACGAUACCCCAUUCAUGGGAUUCAACAGCAUCUUCAUCAAAUUCAUCAAGAAUUAACAACAGUAUUAAAAAAUUAUUCAUCACAUUUGGAAUAAUUAUUGUCAUCUGUUUGGAGGUUAGCAGUUAUGAAAAAAUCUACAGUCAAACAGAGAAACAACGCUAUGAUGGAUGGUACAACAAUUUGGCGCAUCCGGAUUGGGGUUCUGUUGAUAGCCACUUGAUUCGAAAGGCACCUCCAUCGUAUUCCGAUGGGGUCUAUGCCAUGGCUGGCUCGAAUCGACCUUCAACUCGCCGCCUGAGUCGUCUAUUUAUGCGUGGUCGUGAUGGUCUUGCCUCCAAGUUCAAUCGAACUGCACUGUUGGCUUUCUUCGGCCAAGUUGUGGCCAAUGAGGUUGUGAUGGCUUCAGAGUCUGGCUGCCCCAUCGAGAUGCAUCGCAUUGAGAUUGAAAAAUGUGACGAAAUGUACGACAAAGAAUGUCGAGGGGACAAAUACAUUCCAUUUCAUAGGGCUGCUUAUGACCGAAAUACCGGCCAGAGUCCGAAUGCUCCAAGGGAACAGAUAAAUCAAAUGACAGCUUGGAUUGAUGGCAGUUUCAUUUACAGUACUUCGGAAGCUUGGUUAAACGCUAUGCGGACAUUCCAAAAUGGAACUCUGCUGACUGAGAAAGGCGGCCGAAUGCCAGUGAGGAAUACCAUGCGUGUGCCGUUAUUUAACAAUCCUGUACCAAAUGUUAUGAAAAUGUUGAGUCCAGAGAGAUUAUUUCUUCUUGGAGAUCCCCGAACAAAUCAAAAUCCCGCAGUUUUAUCUUUCUCCAUACUCUUCCUCCGAUGGCACAACACAGUUGCCAAACGUGUGAAAUCCCAACAUCCCGACUGGAGUGAUGAGGACAUAUUUCAACGGGCUCGUCGCAUUGUCGUUGCAAGUGUCCAAAAUGUGAUGCUCUAUGAGUACUUGCCGGCAUUCUUGGGAUCUGAUAUUCCACCAUAUGGAGGUUACAAACAAGAUGUCCAUCCUGGUAUUGGUCAUGUCUUUCAAGCUGCUGCUUUUCGAUUUGGACACACCAUGAUUCCACCGGGAAUUUAUUUGCGAGAUGGGCAGUGUAAUUAUAAAACAACUCCAAUGGGAUAUCCUGCUAUAAGGUUGUGUUCGACUUGGUGGGAUUCAAGCGAUUUUCUUACUGAUUCAACAAUUGAAGAGAUUUUGAUGGGACUAGCCUCACAAAUCUCCGAACGUGAAGAUCCAGUUUUAUGUUCUGAUGUCAGAGAUAAACUCUUUGGACCGAUGGAGUUCACUCGUCGCGAUCUGGGAGCUUUAAACAUAAUGCGUGGCAGAGACAAUGGUUUACCAGAUUACAACUCCGCUCGAAUAGCUUAUGGCCUUACACCUAAAAAAGAUUGGAUGGACAUCAAUCCUGAAUUAUUCGCAGAGCAACCGGAACUCUUAAGAAUGCUUAUCUCAGCCUACAACAACCAAUUGGAUGAUGUCGAUGUCUAUAUCGGUGGAAUGCUUGAAUCCUAUGGCCAACCGGGUGAACUCUUCACAAAAGUUAUCAAAGAACAAUUUACCCGUUUGCGAGAUGCUGAUCGUUUCUGGUUCGAAAACGAAAUGAAUGGAGUCUUUACGAAAGAAGAAAUUGUAGAACUCCGAAAGAUCACAAUGUACGAAAUAAUUGUCAAUAGCACUGACGUUGGCCCAGAUGAUAUCCAACGAGAUGUCUUUAUGUGGCACGAAGGUGAUCCAUGCCCGCAGCCAAUGCAAUUAAAUGCUACCGAAUUGGAACCUUGUAACUAUCUCGAGGGUUAUGAUUACUUUGCCGGGUCUGAGUUGACAUUUAUCUAUGUCUGCGUGUUUUUGGGAUUCGUACCAAUUCUGUGUGCUGGAGCUGGCUAUUGUGUAGUUAAACUUCAAAAUAGCAAACGCAGAAAGUUGAAAAUUCGACAAGAGGCCUUGAGAUCAAAUCCAGGUCAUAAGGGCUCAGUGGAUAAGAUGGUUGCACGAGAAUGGCUACAUGCUAAUCACAAACGUCUGGUGACGGUAAAAUUCGGUCCGGAAUCGGCUAUCUACACGGUUGAUAGGAAAGGAGAGAAACUUAGAACUUUUUGUGUCAAGACCGUCGAUGUUAUAACGGUUGAAGAGUCUGCAACAAAUCACAUCAAAAAGAAGCCUUAUAUUCUGCUAAGGGUUCCCAACGAUCAUGAUCUGGUGUUGGAGUUGGAAUCUUAUGCAGCUCGAAGGAAGUUUGUCAAGAAGCUCGAAGACUUUUUGGUCCACCACAAAAAAGAGAUGACCUUAAUCGAGGUUAACAAAGAUAUCAUGUUGGCAAGAGCUGAAACUCGAGAGCGAAGACAAAAACGCCUCGAAUACUUCUUCCGUGAAGCUUACGCUCUGACAUUUGGCCUGCGACCAGGUGAAAGACGACGAAGAUCCGAUGCUUCGUCAGAUGGAGAAGUUAUGACCGUUAUGCGGACAAGCCUAUCAAAAGCUGAAUUCGCUGCUGCCUUGGGAAUGAAACCAAACGAUAUGUUCGUUCGGAAAAUGUUCAACAUCGUCGAUAAAGAUCAAGAUGGCCGAAUUUCUUUCCAAGAAUUCCUCGAAACUGUUGUUCUAUUUUCUCGUGGCAAGACCGACGAUAAGCUUCGUAUAAUCUUCGAUAUGUGUGAUAAUGAUCGUAAUGGAGUAAUUGACAAGGGUGAAUUGAGUGAAAUGAUGAGAUCUCUAGUUGAAAUUGCUAGAACAACAAGUCUGGGAGAUGAUCAAGUUACCGAAUUGAUUGAUGGAAUGUUCCAAGAUGUCGGAUUGGAACAUAAGAAUCAUUUGACCUAUCAGGAUUUCAAGCUCAUGAUGAAGGAGUAUAAGGGUGAUUUUGUUGCGAUUGGUUUGGAUUGUAAGGGUGCCAAGCAAAAUUUCUUGGAUACUUCGACUAAUGUGGCAAGAAUGACAUCGUUUCAUAUUGAACCUAUGCAAGAUAAACCUAGACACUGGUUACAGGAGAAAUGGGAUUGUUAUAUAACGUUUUUGGAAGAGAAUCGUCAGAAUAUAUUUUAUUUGUUUUUGUUCUAUGUGAUUACGAUCGUGCUUUUUGUGGAGAGAUUUAUUCAUUACUCUUUCAUGGCUGAACACACCGACUUGAGGCAUAUUAUGGGUGUUGGAAUUGCCAUUACUAGAGGAUCAGCAGCUUCAUUGUCUUUCUGUUACUCACUUCUGUUAUUGACGAUGUCAAGAAACCUCAUCACCAAACUCAAGGAAUUCCCAAUUCAGCAAUACAUUCCACUGGACUCUCACAUUCAAUUCCACAAAAUUGCAGCUUGUACCGCUUUAUUCUUCUCAAUUCUUCAUUCCUUGGGUCACAUUGUGAACUUUUACCACGUUUCUACGCAAUCUCAUGAAAAUCUAAGAUGUCUAACUCGAGAAGUUCACUUUGCUUCGGAUUAUAAGCCUGAUAUAACCUUUUGGUUAUUCCAAACAGUUACUGGAACAACUGGAGUCAUGCUCUUCAUCAUCAUGUGCAUAAUUUUCGUCUUUGCUCAUCCGACAAUCCGCAAGAGGGCGUAUAAUUUCUUCUGGAACAUGCAUUCUCUCUAUGUUCUUCUCUAUAUUUUGAGUUUGAUUCAUGGAUUGGCACGUUUGACUGGUCCUCCAAGGUUUUGGAUGUUCUUCCUUGGUCCUGGGAUUAUUUAUACUUUGGACAAGAUUGUUUCACUUCGAACCAAGUACAUGGCCUUGGAUGUCAUUGAAACCGAUCUCCUGCCAUCGGAUGUUAUUAAAAUCAAAUUCUAUCGUCCACCAAAUCUAAAAUAUCUCUCUGGUCAAUGGGUUCGUUUAUCGUGUACUUCCUUCAGACCCAAUGAAAUGCACAGCUUCACACUGACUUCGGCUCCCCAUGAGAACUUCCUUAGCUGUCACAUCAAAGCUCAGGGACCAUGGACCUGGAAGCUUCGAAAUUAUUUCGAUCCAUGCAACUAUAAUGCUGAAGAUCAACCAAAAAUCCGGAUCGAAGGACCAUUUGGUGGAGGCAACCAAGAUUGGUAUAAAUUCGAAGUGGCUGUUAUGGUGGGCGGUGGUAUUGGCGUAACUCCGUAUGCAUCGAUUUUGAAUGAUUUGGUAUUUGGUACGAGCACUAAUCGAUAUUCGGGAGUAGCUUGUAAGAAAGUUUAUUUCUUAUGGAUUUGUCCAUCGCAUAAACAUUUUGAGUGGUUUAUUGAUGUGUUGAGGGAUGUUGAGAAGAAAGAUGUUACUAAUGUUUUAGAGAUUCAUAUAUUUAUUACACAAUUCUUCCAUAAGUUUGAUUUGAGGACAACUAUGUUGUACAUUUGUGAGAAUCACUUCCAACGUCUAUCAAAGAAGUCAAUAUUCACUGGCUUGAAGGCAGUGAAUCACUUUGGCAGACCGGAUAUGUCAAGUUUCCUUAAGUUUGUUCAGAAGAAGCACUCUUAUGUUUCAAAAAUAGGAGUCUUUUCAUGUGGACCAAGGCCUCUAACCAAGAGCGUAAUGUCUGCCUGCGAUGAAGUCAAUAAAACACGAAAACUUCCAUAUUUCAUACAUCACUUUGAAAAUUUUGGCUAAAAAAUUAACACAUUUCU